CGUAUAGCGAAACCGCAAGUGCUACCAUCAUGGCGGCGAUGGCGCGAGCACGAGGGCUGAUGAGCAGCGCAGUGCGGGCAAGGUGCCUGGCACUGUGCACCAGCAGCACCAGCAGCAGGAGCACAGCACCUGCAGCGGUCCGGCUGCACCACCAGCAACAGCAACAAGUCCUUUGGGGCCAGCGGAGAGCUUUAUCAACCCAGCAGGAGCAGGAUCCGCAGGCCGGCGACCCUAUGGCGUGGACGCAGCUGCAGACGACAGCGGUGGCACGCGGGUGCAAGAACGUGCAAGAUGUGCUGUCUGCUCUGCGCGGCGUGGACGCUUCGUUCCGUGUGGGCGAUGAGACAACAUGGGGCUCAGUGGACAAGGCGCUCCAGGCGAGCGGGCUCAACUGCGAGAUGAAGCUGGGCUUGGCACACGACAUCCUGGGCCUGGAUGGCCGGCUGUCAACCGUGCGCCCCGCAAGCGCAGCCGUGCUCAUGCACGUGGCGAAGCGCUGCACAGACACCCCGGCACUGGCUGUCAGCGCUCAGUACUCGCUUGGCGUGCUGACGCUGGAAGGUCAGGGCAUGGAGCGUGAUCCGGAGGCAGCCAUCAAGUUCUUCGGCGAAGCAUCCAAGCAGGGCCAUGCCCUGUCCAUGUACCAGCUGGCCAACAUGUUCCUCACGGGCAACGGCAUCAAGAAGGACCCGCCAAAGGCGGCGCAGCUGCUCAAGUUGGCUGUCGAUCGUGGCCUCGCCCAGGCAUCCACCACCCUCGCUGAGAUGUACCGCGUUGGGCAUGGCGUGCCGCAAGACAACGACCUCUCCUUCCACUACUACCAGGACGCGGUGGACAAGGGCGACCCGUGGGCAAAGGUGGGCAUCGCCACCAUGUACAACAGCGGGCACGGAACAGAGCAGAACUUUGACAAGGCCUUCCAGCUCAACAAGGAGGCCGCGGCAGAGGCAGACAUCCCACUUGCGCACCACAACCUGGGCACGCACUACUUCCUGGGGAAGGGGGUGCAGCAGUCGUUUGAGCAGGCGCGAAAGUGCUUUGAGAAGGCGGCGGGCCAGGGCUUUGCCCACUCCUGCUUCAACCUCGCCAACAUGUACAUGCAAGGCCGCGGGUGCGAGCAGGACCUCGCAGCGGCGCGUGCCCUCUACGAGCGGGCGGCACAUGAGAUCCCAGACGCACGCGAGCUCAUUGCAAAGAUUGAUCAGCUCCAGAACCCAGAGCAACAGCAGGACGACAAGUGAACGCACGUGGUGCUUGUGAGGCAAUGAGUGCGUGCAUGUGUGUGCGCAUGUGUGUGUCGGAUCAUGCAUGCUGAAGGUCUGACACCUGUGUUCCUCUCUUUCUUCCUUGUUAACCAAACCAUACAAUCGCAAGCAGGCAAAUCCU